AGCGGAAUUAUUGCGUACUAACUCUCGUCAUGGCGCCGUGCUUUCGUUGACACGACCCGGCUGGAAUAUGAAAACAAACAGGAGUUGUAUAAUUGAACAUUAAUAUUUCGAAUAAUCAUGUAUGAAAGUAAUGGUGUACGAUAAUGUUUGUUGUUCGCGAGAUAAAACUCAACGAGGAUUCAUCGUGUAAAGACGAUUUUUCGUACGAUCGAGUAACAGAAUUUGUGAGCUUUCGUGAAUUUGUGAAUUUAUAGUUUUUAACACAUAUAUCAACGAUGAGCCCCAAUAAGAGAAAGAUAUUAAAGUCGGAUAUAUCCGAUGAUGAUGAUGAUGAUGAUGAUGAUGACAGUUUCAAACGUCGACGUACUUCCCUGAGAGUCAAUUUGAGUUAUUCCGAAAAUUUGACGGAUUCCGGCAAUGGAUCCUUGUGGAAGACAGAGAUCGAUACUGAAAAAGGGACGGAUACAGUGCGAACUAAUAGAAGACUGUUGAGAGGCAAAAGAAAUGAUACAUAUAAAAAGAAUCGUCAAGCUGAUUUUGACAAUGAAGAGGAUUCGCGAGUUAAAAACGAUACGAGUAAGCUUGUAAAUAAGGACACUAAUAUAUCCUUUCAUAUCAAAGAAGGAAUACAAUUAAAACGACUUACGGUGAAUCUUGAGGAUAUGAAUCUUACAAUUAAGGAAAAGGCUCUUGAAACAAACUGCAAGCGUUUAAAAGAUGCAAUUUUAAAUAAAACUCAAGAGAUAUUUGAUAGAGAGAACGAGUUUUCUAUAAAAACUGCAAUGAUAUUGAAGGAUAAAAGAAAUCACUUUGCACAUGAUAAACAUGAUGCAAAUAUUGAGAAUAAAUCAGUCGUUAUACUAGAUGCAAAGCCUAAUCAUCAAUCAAGAAAUAAGGCAAUCAUGGAACAUGAAAAAUGUACUAAUAUUGUGAGCAAUCAACACAGAGACAAUGAAUAUUCCAAUAUUGUCACUACACCGACGAAUGGCAAUCAAGUAGAAAGUUCCAAGAAAGCUAUAGAUAAAUCUAGAUUAACUCAAAGACGAUUAUUUGCUGAGGAAGACAAACAAAUGGAAGGACAAGCAAAGUGUAAAAUCAUAGAGGAUAUUAUUUUGAAGGACAAAUUUCCAUUAUUUUCCCUCAGACAGACAGAUCAAAUUAGCAGUCCCAUAUUAAGCGGCAGUAACAGAAGACUUACUUUACGAAGAACAAGAUCUAAGAUACUUUCACAAAAUCAAUCUGAAAAGCAUAAUACUACAUUCUCAACUAUACAGAGUGAUGAUAUAGGAGUACCCAUUAUUUGCUCCACUUUCAAUGAAAAUAUGAUAACAGAGGAAAAAGAUAAAAACAGUCCUAACAAUGAAGCAAACAGUGAUGCAGAUACAUCUCGUGCCACAUAUACAGUGAAUAAAGUAAUAUCUAUGGAAAUGACAGAAGUUCAUGGUGGUAUUCGAAUGAGUCAGAAAUAUCCAUCUUUACAAAGUACAAAUUCAAGUAAUAGUAUCGAAACUAACAAGAAAAAGGAAUCCAAAGGAAAAAGUCCAGAACAGAAUGAAACUAAGAAUCACGAGAGACGUACAUUAUUUUUGUCUGACAGUGAUAAUACAAAUCGGUCAUCUUUAAAUGUGAACACUUCAUUGGAUGCAAUGACUGAAGCUGACAAAGAAGAAAAUGUUCGGAAAACGAAUGAUUACAAGGCCAAUAAUAGCAAUCAAAGUUUUAAAGUGACAAAAACAAAUAAUAAAAAGUCAACAGCUUUGGAUAAUCAAUUUGAAAGUUCAAACAUCACUGAAACUUCAUCAAUGAAAAUGAAUACAUCUGUAAAUUCAAUAGGCAAAAUAUGGCAAAGAAGAAGUAACCAUUUUCAAUCAUUGAUCUCAGAUAAGAACAAUGAAGACACAAUGAAAAAUCAUCCAAGUAUGGACAAUCAACAUUUAAUGGCAGCAGAAAAUGAAGAGGCCAAUGAUGUAGACUCGUUAGAAAAUAUCAGCUUAAUUGAGAGAUUAAGAAAUAUCUCCACACAAAAUCAGGUUUUCCAUAAUAAUAAAUCGAAAGUUUCCGAAACGAAAGAAAAACUAAGAAUAGAUAACAGAUCUAAUAUUAAACUUCCAAGCAGCGAUCGUAAGAAUAACAGUGGUGAUAGUUAUGUUGAGGGAACUCCAUAUCCAAUAAGCCGUUCAGUCUUGUUCAGAACACUUUUAAGACAUAAGACACAGAAUUUGGAUAACAGUGUAGCAUCUUGUAGCAAUAAUUUAAAUUCUGUAGACAAUAAGGAGAGCAAUGCUGCAACUGAGUCAUCUUGUAGCAACAGUUUAAAAUCUAUGGAUAAUAAGAAGAAUGAUGCUGAAACUAAAUCAGGUCCUAUGUAUUCAAAUACAGUUAUUUUGAAAGACACCUCUAGUGAUAAUUCUUCUGUUAUUCAAGAUCAAUUAACAAUUAUAAAAGAUACGGAUGAUGAAACAAGGUUUGAAACAGAUGAAAAGAAUACAGUUACUACUGAUAAUAUGGAAUGUACUUCAGUGAGAAAAGGUAGAAAAAAAUUAUUACCACUUAAUGACAAUUCUCAGUUGUGUUCAUUUACUCCAGUAGAGAAGGAUAAAUGCAUAGUUGAGGAAUCGAUAUCUCCAUCUACAUCUACAAAGAAAAACAAAAAACUAACAAAAAAACGUCGAAAGAGAAAAUUAAUGGGUUUCAUGAAUGAUACAAGUUCUAUUAAACGUAAUAUCUCGCACGAACAAACAUGGUCAGAUAAUGAUUGCAAGAUAUCUAAAAAGAAGAAAAAGGAUAAAAAAAUACAAAAACCGAGGAAGGUCAUUAGCAAGAAAAUCAUCAUUAAGAAAUUUGCCGACGAGAGCAUGUUGAAGGAUAUAUUAAAGGAAAAUAGACAACAAAAUAAAGAAGAUGAAUCGAUAGAAAAUAGAGAUUCCUUAAAUGAUUUUACAAAACAUCGCACAAUACCUACUCAGCGGAAUACAUAUAAGUCUAAAAAAAUCGUUAUUGUAACAACUGGUUUAUCAAAAGGGGAUAGAAGUUUAGUGAAGAGUAUCGUCAAGUCUCUUGGCAAAGCAGAAAUCGAAAUGACUGUAUCGAAACGAACGACUCAUGUUGUGAGUACAGGUGUGCGUACAGUGAAUCUGCUUCGAGGGAUAAUAAGAGGUUGCUGGUUGAUCAACUUGGAAUGGGUUUUGAAAUCCUUGGAGAACAAUGACUGGUUAGAUCCUGAAGAGUUUGAAAUGAAACAUUUCUCUAAAGCCGUGCAGGAAAAUCGGAAAGACAAACAAUUAUUUGGAUUUUCGUACAUCCCCGAAUUGUUUGCAACAUGUGGAUUAAUACAUGUCGAGCCUAAAACUACAGUGCCGUGCCAAACUCUUAAAGAACUUGUAAAAACCGCAGGCGGACAUAUCACCGAGAAUAUUAAACUUGCUAAAAUUAUUAUUGGUAUAAAUGGUCUAAAGGAGACCUGGAUUAUAGAUUCUAUCACGACUGGUGAAUUACAAUUAACUAAGCUUUAUCAAAGAAAAUAAGGAGAACAAGCAAAAGUAUAAGUAUAGCUUUUCUCAUGAUCUUGUAAUGUAAAAUAUACAAUUUAUACGGUUAUUUAUUAUAAUACAAAA